AUGGGUUCCUGCCAACUCUCAGAGGGAAGUGAGGAUAAUGCAUUAUUUACUUACACGCUGAUUUGACGGAUUUGUUACCGAGGAAUGGAUGCGCUGAGUAAAUAUACACAUUUAUCACCUCAUCUCGUGUAUCUGUUAUCAACUUUUGCAUCUCCAGAAGGAACCAUUAUGAGUUGCAGCACCUUGUGGAAAGUAGACAGGAGAUGAGGGAUAGAGGGAGGAGCGCACGGGUGGCGGGAGGAAAAGACGAAGUGUUGAAAAUGGAUAAUUGUCUUGAGUCAUUGCUCAGUGUAUUUGUGGUGGUGCUCGCCGCGUCUCGCUCAUCACCGCGUGCGUCACUUGCUUCUCGCUUCACUGGGCUUCUUGUACGGUUUGCAACACCUUCACGUUCACGAGAGAACUGUCAUAACUUAUUCUCUGCUGUUUCACUCCUGCGUCAGUUGUUUUGUGGAGGAGAAUAAUCCUGGGUGUCGAGAUGCGGCGGCGGACCUCCGUCUGGCGCUGUCCUUGGCGAGCAGGCCGUCACGCCGUAUUAUGUCAAAUCCAUCCCGCCACGGCUGUCUGGAUGAGUUAUGCCGCGCCCUUGCGAUGACGCCCGCCAGAAAUAGCAUUGCCCCUCCACACGGCCCAGCUGCAUUGCUCCUGGUGACACUUACCUCGGUCCUUGCUUUGCUGGACCUCCCUCUUGGUCAUGCUUAUUUUAUCACUGUUCCCUCGACUGAUGGCGCUUUUACCAUGUAGCCCACCCCGGCCAGCCCUGCAGCCCGCCCGCCCAGCAUGUAUCUCGCUGCAUUAUUACAACUGGGAGGCUGGAAGGGAGUGGGGAAGGGCGCAGAUGAGUUUUACGGUGUGACAGGCAUCUUCCGUCCCACCAGGUAACUUAGUGGGUCUGUCACGUCCCUAAUUAUCUCCCCCUACCGCAGCGAUUAUCUGGGCACGGCCGUCUUGCAGGAGCCGCGUCUGGGCUGCUGCUGUGUUGUUGCCUUACACUGUUAUAUUCUUUAUUUUUUUGUUCAUUGAUUUGUGUUAUGUUGUAUGUCCCUUUAGCUUCUCCUCCUCUGCUUCACAAGAUGACUCCUAUUCUCCUCACUGAGCUUAAGAUUAUAGUCACAAUUUACUGUCAGUUGCCCAGGCUCGGAAACUGGUUGUUGUAUCGCCAUAAGUUAUGAUAAUGUCCUCCACGCCUUGAUACAUAAUUUUCAGAGCAAUAAAUGUUUAAUGUCCACUUAGCUUAACUGGGUCUCAAGCGUAGAUAACGCUCUCACACUUUUUGCGCUUUCUAUAAUCUCUCGCGGAGUCAUCAAGCACACACUUGAGGACUGAGCGUAGAGGUGACGAUACGCGAGGCUAACGCCAUGCUGAUAUAAACCAGGGAUCAACGAGUGUUCGCGGUGGAUUUCAGCUUUCUGGUCUGUAGUCCAGGGGUGAAAAUAUGCCAUUGAACACGACUUAGUGAUGUUUUUACAAGUUCACUUAUUUUAGACUUCAAAUCACUCUUUAUUAGCAAAACGGCGGAGAAUUGUUGCGCAGAGCAAGGUGAGGCGGCGGAUGUCACCUGUCUCAUCGGGUCGUCCCGCCCACUCUGAGUAAUGGGGGUCGAAGGGGCGAUCCAGACGUGAAUCAUCGCGAUUACACGAAGUGCUCGCUUGCUGCCGCGUAACGUCAUGGUUUUCUAUAAGCUCAUUGGCUCGGGCAGCUGACUAACGAGGUCCAAAAGUGGGUGAGAUAAUUAAAACGGCAAAGCACGGGAAGUUACGAACCUUUAGAUCAGUAGUUCUGGCUUUACUCUAGCAACUAUUAAUUACUCAACCUAAUUUGUGUAAGUUUUAGGCUGUGACAAUAAAGAGAAGAAAAUCAAACGAAAUGUAACGAAAAGUCAUGAGUGUGAAUGGUGAGAAUCAAACUUACCAUCGCUGCGGAUGCUGCGUGACAGAUGGGCCAUGUUCGUGUGGGUGUUUUAGGCUGUGUGACAAUUCAGAACAUAAUGGCGCCGUGUAAAUGAUAGUCAAGACUGCAGAAAAUGGAAUUUAUAGUCAUCUUAUCAAUCCUGAGGCGGUGUCGUCGGGAUGUCCUUUGGGAUGUGACUCUAAUAUACGUUCCAGCAGCUGUUUAUCAGCCAUUAAAGCGAGAAACACAUCCAUCGUGUCUAGUACCACCGUGCAGCCUUCCCAGGACCGUCUGCGGCACCGAGCAACAAAUGACAUUACUGGGAGGGAGGUGCAGGGCUGGGUGAGUAGGUGAGGUAAUAGGUGCGGGCGUGGAGGAGUAGCGUGGCAAGGCGGUGGGCGGGGCGAGGCAGUGUGAAAUGCACCAUGGCAGAGAGUGGACACGGGGCGCACGCUGAUUAACUCGUCAUCUCUGGCUACUACACGACUCUUGCAGGUUUUCCCGGCGUUAGUGACGGGAGUGUAAGCAUCUGUCAGCACCGGGAUUCGUGAAUCUGACACCAUGGCGCCUCACUACUCGACGGGGGGUCGUGCAAGGCUACGGAAGGUGAAAAAGCCUGAAGCGGAGCGGCGGCGGCGGGCCCGCAUGGCGGUGGCGGUGGAGAGGCUGCGAUUGCUGCUGAUGGAGGGAGGUGCCGCCCCUCUCCCUCCGGUCCCCUGCACGCCCCCGCACCUCCACCACCUCGCCCUCACGCCCAAGCGAGGCGCGUGGCAGCGGCUGGAGAAGGUGGUGGUGCUGGAACUGACGGUGGCCCACCUGCGGCGUCUGGCCGCUCACCACCCAGGGGACGGCGACCGCCAGCAGUUCCGGGAGGGUUAUCGCCGGUGCCAGGAGGAGGUGAUGAGGUUUUUGGGGCGCACCGCCGCACUCCAGCCCCACAUGGCCGCCAGGCUGCGUCACCACUUCCAUAUGACCCCAUUUAGCACUGCCUCACGGGGUAGCCACCCAUCUGCAGGCUGGGUCAAAGUGACCACGGGCCCGAACACUCCUGUCCCUGUGUCGGAAAGACCCAACACUGUCCCAGAGAGUGCCAACCCGCUCCGCCUCACAGUGGAGAAAUCUCCGGAAUCCCACCCCGACACUAAGGAGGUGACUCCACCUCAGAGUCCUUGUCUUCCUAAUCUCGCUCCGUCCUCCCGUGCGCCGUACGCCAACGUGCACUGGAAAAAGAGUCUCAGGACUCCAUCCCGGACCUGUUUCUGGAGACCUUGGUGAUCGCAACAUGCGAGCGUGUUCCUUUUUAGAUUACAAAGCGGAUUGCCGGAUGUGAUAAUGCCUCACCGCUGCCACAGCGGUCGUUGAAUGAAUCGAGGCUUGUGAUGAGCGGUAAUAUGCAUUAUCAUCUUAGGAUGAUAAUGCAUAUUAUUGUCAUUUUAGACUUACAUUUUCUACCUAA